AUGGCGGUCCAUGUAGAGGAUUGCAGGGAACAGAAGACUGUGGUGGGUUGGUGCGGGUUCCUGCACAUAAUUGUCACGCUCGUGGGGCGCUGUUCUCUAAUACGUUAUGACAGCUUCCGCGUGCCUCGAGUGGGCGGGGCUAACAGGCCAUCCUUUACGCCCGUUACAUCCAGGAAGCUCCCGGCCGGCCAUUUAAUAACAACGGCCAGCCAGGAGGUGGUAAUGAAGGCUGAGUGCGGGAAAUCUUUUCAUAAGGAAACCGAAUUUCUUAAGCACCAGAGAAGUCACACAGUUAAGGGUCCUUCUUCAUGUUCAGAGUGUGGGAAAGGUCUUACUGAUAAAAAACAGCUACUAGCACACCAAAAAACUCACACGGGAGAUCAUCGUUUUUCAUGUUCAGAGCGUGAAAAAUGUUUUACUCAGAAAGGAAACCUUAUUCAACACCAGAUAAUUCACACAGGUAAGGGUCCUUUUCCUUGCUCAGAGUGUGGCAAAUGUUUUUCUGUGAAGGGAACCCUUCUUAAACACCAGAGAAGUCACACAGGUGAGCGACCUUUUUGCUGUUCAGAGUGCGGAAAAAGUUUCCCACAAAAAUCCACUCUUCUUUUACACCAGAGAAUGCACACGGGUGAGCGUCCUUAUUCAUGUUCAGAGUGCGGGAAAUCAUUCACUAGGAAAUAUUUUCUUGUUAAGCACCAGGGAAUUCACAUGGGCGAGUAUCCUUAUUUAUGUUCAGAGUGCGGGAAAAGUUUUACUCGGAAGGGAAGCCUUGCCUCACACCUGAGAACUCACACGGGUGAACGUCCUUUUUCAUGUUCAGAGUGCGGGAAAUCAUUCACUUAUAAAGGAUCCCUUGUUCAACACCAGAGAAUUCACACAGGUGAGCAGCCUUUUUGCUGUUCAGAGUGCGGAAAAAGUUUUGCACAGAAAUCCACUCUAAUUUUACACCAGAGAAUUCACACAGGUGAGCGUCCUUAUUUAUGUUCAGAGUGCGGGAAAUCUUUUAUUGAUAAAGGAACCCUUGUUAUGCACCAGAGAAUUCACAAAGGUGAAAAAUCUUAUUCAUGUUCAGAGUGUGGGAAGUGUUUCCCUAAUGAAAAAAGACUUCUUAAACACCAGAGGAAUCACACGGGUGAGGGUCCUUAUUUGUGUUCCGAGUGCGGAAAGUCUUUCGCUGUGAAAUAUUUUCUUGUUAGGCACCAGAGGACUCACACUGGUGAGCGUCCAUAUUCAUGUUCAGAGUGCGGAAAAUCUUUCACUGAGAAACGUUUACUUGUUCAACACCGUAGUGUUCACACAGGAGUGCUUCCUUAUUCAUGUUCGGAGUGUGGGAAAAGUUUUACUUGGAAAGUAGACCUUCGUAAUCACAAUAGAAUUCACACAGGUGAGCGUCCUUAUUCUUGUUCAGAGUGCGGGAAAUCAUUCACUCAGAGACAUUCAUUUGUUAGACAUCAGAGAAUUCACACAGGUGAGCGUCCUUAUUCAUGUUCAGAGUGCGGGAAAUCUUUCACUCAGAGACAACUCUUUGUGAGACACCAGAGAAUUCACACUUCCUUAUCAUGUUGA